AUGAAGUUCAUCAAUAUUUUUGCUACAACACUAUCAUUACUUGCCGCUUCUCAUCCGCUGGCCAGUCCUAAAUCGGAGUCGAGUGAUGUCUGGAUUGGCUUGGACUUGAAACAAUGUCUCACAGAUGCCAAUAGCAACCCCCUCCCAAAUUUGGCAGCUCAGCAAGAUACAGCUCGGGCAGUCAUAGCAGCCUACAACACCUGGGACAUCGACGACAUCAUGGCAUAUCGAUCACCUGAUUGCAAACAUCGCGUGUUACCUGCCUCUAUGAACCGGGUCCCGAGGAGCAACGCCGAAUAUCAGGCAUAUUUCAGCGAGAUCAUGCAUCUGUACUCAAAUUUUACCGUCACUGUGAAAGAGGAAGUACAUGAUGCUGCAGCGCGAAAAUGUAUUAUACAUGCAACUAGCCGAGCGGAAACGAAGAUUGGGCCCUACACGAACGAGUAUGCGUUGAUCCUGACCUUUACAGAAGACGGUAGGAAGGUGACCAAGUUUGACGAGUUUGUCGACUCAGCGUACUCUGAACAAUUUGUCCCAGCGCUAGCAAAAGAGUUGCCGCCUCAGUAA